UUACAUCGCCAUGAACCAAUAAGCACUAGGGCGCCAUUCCUUAUCUUUCGCGCCGACAAACAGUCGUGACUCACGACCCCCCAUAUAAGACGCCUGGCUAUUUAAAGAGCCUUAACAAGCAGCUGAUAACGUGAUCCCGAGCGGCUGCUCUUCUUAGCUUGAGUUGCCCCGUCGUGUUUUGCAGGUGCAGUAGGAAGGAAGGCGUGCGGAGGACAACAUGGCCACGACUCGGACAAUCCACCUGCAGCUGGACAAGGUCCUGGAGGAGGUCUUCGUCCUGGGCACUGAGCUGGUCAUGGACAUUUACCAUGUGGCACCGCCGGGGGCAAAGAGCUUCUCUGUGAGCGCCAGCGUGGACGUCACGUGCUGGGUGAGCACGCCGUUCAGGUCGGCGGCUAACGACGCGCGCGGCCGCGUGGCCGUGGGGACCCAGGUGCACGCUCAGGUGCUCACGCCCAGCCAGGAGGUUGGUGACAAGAAGAUGUCCGUGACCUUUUACGGAGAAAAGGCUGACGUUGCUCUGGCCAAAGCUCGAGUUUACCUGACGGCUAUUGGCCUCUCCCUGGAUGUGGACUCUGAUCGAGAUGGCAUCGUAGAGAAAAACCACCCUAACAAGGCGACGUGGAAGUGGGGACCCAACGGGCAUGGCGCCAUUCUUCUGGUGAACUGCGACAAGGAGAGGGACUCCACCUCGCCACCCGACAACGAGGACCGCUACCUACAGGGGGCAGCAGACCUGCAGGACAUGUCGCCCAUGCUGGUUCGUACCCGAGGCCCCGCCAAGCUGCCGCCCGGCUACAGCCUCCAGCUGCACAGCCUCGAGUCGCAGCACGCUGGCGUUUUCCACAUACCCGAUCUGAGCAAGGUGAUAGGCACGGAGAGCCAUUCGCUGGGGCCGGGCAAGUCGAGCUACUUGUUCGAGUACCCGGGUCGUGGCGGAGAGGUUAACCUCUUCGUGGAGGGGCUAAGCUUCCCGGACGGCGACUUCAACGGAUUCGUUCACUUCCACCUCAGCCUCCUGCAGAGCAUCCUACCGGGCACACAGAGCACACCGAUUUUCACCGACAGCGUGGUUUUCCGUGUGGCUCCGUGGAUCAUGACUCCAAAUACCCAGCCGGCGCUGGAGAUCUUCAUGUCAAGGGUCGACACGAAUGCGGUGUUCAUAAAGCAGAUGACCACCCUCACUCGCUUGGCCGGGUGCACGCCAUUUGAAAUACAGAACACGAUGGACGUGUGGAUGCAGGACGAGAUGGAGUUUGGCUACUGCGAGUCUCCCACCAAGGUCAUACCGGUCGUGUUCGACUCCCCGCGGGACCGCGGACUAAAGGCCGUGCCGAUCCUUCUAACGGGCAAGGACUUUGGCUAUGUGACGCGGACGCCACGGAGAGGUGAGGAGGUGAACAGCCUGGACUCGUUCGGAAACCUUGAGGUGUCGCCCCCCGUCAUCGUGAGGGGCAAGAAAUAUCCGCUCGGGCGCAUCAUCAUCGGCAGCGCCUUCCCCGGAGAGCGCGCGGGGCGCAACAUGGCCCGCGCCGUGCGCGAGUUCCUGUUCGCGCAGCAGGUGCAGGCGCCCGUUGAGCUCUACAGCGACUGGCUCAGCGUGGGCCACGUCGACGAGUUCAUGAGCUUCGUGCCGGCGCCCGACCGCAAGGGGUUCCGGCUGCUGCUCGCGAGCCCCAACGCGUGUCUCCGUCUCCUCAAGGAGCUGCACCAGCAGGGCCACGGCCAGAGGCGCCUCUUUGAGAGCUGCCCAGAUGUUGUCUCAUCCUUGAAGCGCAAGAUGAAGAUUCAGGACAUCCUCGAUGACAUGAACAUCACGACUGAAAACUCAUAUGUGCAGCGCUGCGUUGACUGGAAUCGUGACGUGCUCAAGAGGGAGCUGGGCCUGGAGGAGACGGACAUUAUCGACCUCCCCGUGCUCUUCUUCCUCAACAAGAGCAAGGCCGAGGCCUACUUCCCCGACGUGGUGAACAUGGUGGUGCUCAACAAGCAACUGGGCAUCCCAAAGCCAUUCUGGCCGCACGUGGACGGGCAGUGCCCACUGGAGAGACGCGUGCGCUCCCUGCUCGAGCCCCUGGGCCUCGCUUGCCACUUCAUCGACGACCUGAAGACCUACCACCUCAAUCAGGGCGAGGUGCACUGCGGCUCCAACACUCGCCGCUCACCCUUCGCCGGCGUCCGCUGGUGGGACGUGGGCCCCCUGUGAGACCCGUCAAGCCCCUGGGCGUGAAGACGACAACCCACGUCAUGCCGAUGGCCCGUCCUCCGCUGGAUCGUCCGAGCCAAGCCAGUGCGAGGCCCGCACGGUACAGGUGGUUGGGUUUCCCGCUGUGCUGAGCCACAACCAAAGCAUAAUUUCCUGGGCUAACAAAGUAUCUGAAUCUAGCUCGGGGCCAAGCAGGGCCAGGGUCAAUGAUUCACAAAGGGUUUUGCUUGGGUUAGGUCGCACAAAUAUAAAUGCGUUGAUUAACCCGCCAUCAUCCAAAGCAGCCAAUUUGCAAAGAUUUUAUGUUGAACUUCUUUCGCACCAUAUGUAGCCAACCGUGCUUAUCGGAGGUGUCAGGGAAGGACAAUAAACGAAACACAAAAAGCAGUUCUAAAGAAAUGAGUUCCAUCCAGAUGGUAACGUAAACAAAACGUGUCAAUUUGUUACUACUACAGCACACCGGUUGUGUGUUGGGAGAGUAAACCCACAAAAUUUACUAUUUUUACUCUUCGCCACAUCAAUGUGCUGAAGCAGCAACUAAUUGGCAUGUUUUGUUGACGUGACAAACCUCGCCAAUUGGUUGUGUCGGGUGGUGGCAGGGUGAAUGACACAUUUAUAUUUAACACGUAGUCUAGCCUACUACUACGUGUUAAACAGGGCUAAUGAUUCAUUCAUCGCUUGCGACGCUAGUCGGCUCACCGUGGUGAGGACACGGCGUCACCACAUUGUCUUUAUGUUUGAUGCCGGUGGCAUGGCUCGGCUGGUUGCAGUGGAAAAGCAACCCAGCAACCUCCCGUGUGCCACCAGGGCUGGCUCGGUACAGCCCUGGCAUGACUUGGCUGGUGCACUGGAAAAACAACCCAGUACCUCCCGAGUCACGCCAGGGCUGGCUCGGUGGCAUGUCUUGGAUGGUGCAGUGGAAAAACAACCCAGCACCUCCCGAGUCACGCCAGGGCUGGCUCGGUACAACCCUGGCAUGGCUCGGCUGGUUGCAGUGGAAAAACAACCUAGCGCCUCUCGAGUCACACCAGGGUUGGCUCGGCACAGCCCUGGCAAAGCUUGCUCAGCUGGUUGCAGUGGAAAGAAGCAUGAGAUUCUGGGCUCAAUUCAGACAACUGCCUUGUGAGUAUUAAUCCAGGCUGUAAUCAUGUAUGGUGAUUUGAUUAUUUCAGGCAAGUAACUCGUGCCAGCUCUUAAGGAAUUAAAAUAAAUAGUAGGCUUGUCGAAGGGCGUUAUCUAAGCCAAGUAACUCUUCCAGCAGACUUUUGCCUAAUCAUUGCAAACAUUGUGUAGGGAAAGGCAUUUAAGAAAACUGUGGCUGGUAUGAUGUUCGUGCCUAUUCAGGCCUAUUCAUCCCCCAAUUUACUUGCGAAUCCUUUGAGAUCGAAGGAUAACUAGAGCCCCAAGGAUCAACUUAACUCUGGCAUCCAGUUUUUCAUUGGUUAAGAAAAGUUUAAAUUAGAAAAACAUGUAACGAGUGUGCGUCACUCGAAUUGGCCGUGGCAACAAUGAUUUAGAUUAAUGUGAAGAAUAGUUUUUUAUGGCUUUUAAACUUUACACAAUUUUAUCAUAAUUUCCCUGUUUGCAUCAUGUCUGAGACGAAGUAUCCAUUGGGAUGUCUCAUUCAGCAGUGCAACCAACCCCCCCUUGUGUUAUGGUAUGGCUCACUGAAGAGGAUAUAGCAGCGCUACCUCUGAGACAGGUGGAAGUGACCUCUGGCUCCACGUGUCAGAGGGAGGAAUUUUCUCACCCGCUCUGGCACAUGAGACUUAAUGUUCAUUGCAUGAGCCUCAAACUUUCAGAAUUGGGAAUUUAGCUUAAAUUAAAUGCGCAGAAUUUCUUGACAAUAUCUGACUGCGAAUGUACUCCAGUUUACAGGAGACAUUGCUUCAAAAUGCUUCUCUUCUACGUGUCUCGGCAUCGAAAAGACGUCGGCGCCAGGUUCGACCACAGGCCACCAAGUCAUGUGAUUCGCUUUGCUUUUUAAUGUACCUUCCAUGGACCAAAAUCAGUAGUACAUUUAUGAGAAGUGCCUCAUUUCCAGGUGCACUUCUCUUUUAUAUUUUAUUAAUCGCCACUGCAAAUUGAUGUGGUUAAAAUAUUGGUGUUUGAUUGAUGUUGCACUGUUUUCAAUAAAUUGUUUAAACGUG